AUGCACCCAUUCUCGUCCCUGGCUAUUGGUAUCUUCGUUGCUGGCUACAUCACCGCCCGCUGGGAUCUGGUCACUAGACUGUAUGAGCUGGCCUUCUUCGCUUGGGACCACGGUGUCGUCACACGAGCAGCUAAAGCGUUCUCUAUAAUUUCCCUGAUCUUUGCCGCGCUCAUUUUACCUCUCGAGCGACUGGCUGCGAACGAAGCGAAUAUCCAUCCUAGAUCACCGAAACACGGAAUCUCUGCACGAGAGCAGCUUAGGAGGAGAGGCUCAUUGUAA